UCAAUCUGUUCGCAACAAGAGAUGAAUGACAUUGGUGAAUCAUUCUUGAUGCUAGCUGUGUUGGAGAUGUUGUCCUUUAGAGUCUUGGUGGUAUUCCCUUAUCAAAAACAAUAACAAUCACAAGCCUUAAUCCUAUUUAGUUUUGAGUCUCAAGAACAAAAACCAUGGAGGAACACUCUCAAAGUGAGACAACUAUGUCCAGCCAGUUCAAGAAAAAACUUAAAGAAACUGAGCUUGCUUCUAAGAGUAAAAACAAGCUGGGCAAUGCAAGGAAAGAAACAACAAAUGAAGAAUAUGGAAACACUGGAAUCCAAGAAGGGGAGAAUGUGGAAACUGAAAAGCAAGAAAAAAAACAGAAAGAAAAAGUUCCUAUGGAAGAAGAUCAGAAGAAUGAAACACAAGCACUAGAGGAAUAUGAUGAUGAAGGAAGUGAAAUGGAAGAAGAGGAAGAAGACAUUGAAGAAGACGAAGGGGAGGAAGGGGGAUUAGAGGAGGCAAAGGUAGAAGAAAGCGAAGAGAAGGCAAUUGAACAAGCAAAGAAUAAAGAGCAAGUAGAAAGAAACUCUGAGAAGCAAUCCAAGAUAUCUAGGAUGAAGAAGGUUGCAGGGAGGGGUUCUAAGACAGGACCCACUAAUUUGGAAGAAAAGCCUGGACCAUUGAGCAAGAAAAAGGUGUCAAAGAAGGCUGCGAGUAUGGGGAUGAUUUUCAUGUGCAGUUCGAAGACGAAAAAGGAUUGUUUUCAGUACAGGGUUUUUGGGCUGCCUGCAGGCAAGAAAGAUAUGGUACAAAAAGUUUAUAAAGGGAUGAGGCUUUUUUUAUUUGAUGUUGAUUUGAGACUGAUGUAUGGGAUCUAUAAAGCUGCCACGCCUGGAGGUUACAAUAUAGAACCCAAGGCUUUCAAGUCUGCAUUUCCAUCUCAGGUUCGGUUUUCUGUUUUGGAGGAUUGCUUGCCCUUACCAGAGGAGAAGUUCAAAACCAUUAUCAAAGAUAACUACUUCACGAGAUCCAAGUUUGAUUGCCAAUUGACCUCAGAACAGGUGAAGAAAUUGUGUAAGCUGUUUGUUUCUGCUGGCAAAGUCUCCAAGUCUAAAAAUCCAGGUCGAACAAGAGACAAACCCAAACAGCGGAUACGAGAUGAAAAGAAACGUGCUCGUUUUGGUGCAGACUACCCAUUGCGUGGUCAUCAGGAUCAGGUUAUGUAUGAAAGGGAGGUUUUUGCACCUAAAACAGCACCUUCGCGCCAUCUGCCACCUCCUGCUCCAUUACAUGCUUCUCAUGCAAGGCCCAGGGAAAUGGAAGCAUACGGACGUGAUGCGGUAAUUGAGCAUCGUCGUCGGCCUUUGCAUUUGGGAUCAAGACAUCUGGAUGAGGUCGAAGAACAUCGUCCUCGAAUUUUGGAUUUGGGACCAAGGCAUCUGGAUGAGGUCGAUGAGCAUCGUGGUCGACUUUUGGAUUUAGGACCAAGGCAUCCAGAUGAGGUAGUUGAGAUUCGUCGGCGGCUUUUGGAUUUUGGACCGAGGCAUCAGGAUGAAUUCCGGAGCUAUGAUCCCUAUGUCUCUUACGGGGACCGCCCUCCUUCAUACCUUGAUGAUCCAAUGUAUUCUGCCCGCCGACCAGAAUACAGUUCUCAUCCUCGUGUGGGAUUGCAUGGAGAGUACCCUCGUAUUUCUGGGUCGCUGCCUGAGGACCGUUAUCCUGAAGGACCGUCAUCUGAAUACGCUUCUCGUCGGUCCUUGUAUCGAUACUGAGCAACUGAAGGUAGACCAAAAAAAUCUAUCAUGUAGAAGUGUAGUAGUUCCUUUGUUGUUCGCUUCUGCAGCUUAGCCUUGUGUCCAGCGAGACUUUCCUCUUAGGAAGGAGAUCGGUUUGUCUUUUCUUUAGAUUCAUGCAAGCAUUUGGACUGGAUAUGGACACUAUAAAAUCAUCUGGAAAUUUGUCUUUUAAGAUAUUUUCUGAAUAGACGGGUUUGCUCUGCACCUGGAACUCUUUGCAACUUUGGUUUAUAUAACAAAAAAGCUUUUUAGCAA